AUGGCUCCUCAUUUGCGUUCGAGUUCUCGAGCGCCCUCGAAUAAUUCUCGCCCUUCCACGCCCACAGCUACUAUACCACCAGCAGAUUACUUCUAUGGAGACUCGAAUCGACCGCGCAAACAGCGCCGUACCGGCCGCAACUCGCGCGUCGGAGUUGAAACUCUAGACGAUUCUCGUGAGGCCACUACAGAGCCACAAGAUGCUUCCACAAACCUCCUCUCGCGUCCUCUUACUGAGAAUGGAGAUCAACCAAAUCGUCAACCACAGGUGGUCGGAGCGGAUGGGAAAAUAAGCUUCGACCAGUUAAUUGCCGACUCAGACUGGACCGAGCCUGCCUUAAGGGAUGCUCAACCCAGUUACAAAGAUUAUACUUGGUCCACUGCGUGGUUUGGCAACAAUCCUGCGCUAUCUACCAUGAAGCCCUUAGGACAGCUACCUAACGCAACCGACAAGCGCAAAGCUGGAAUAAAGCCGCCCAAGUCGACAGUCAAGGAGGUCAAAGAAAACAACAGGAAGGCGUCCAAAAAGACAGCUAGCCAAGCUACCAGCACGCCUGUAAACGAAGUUGCUACCAAUAUAUCUAACCCAGGGUCUUUAUCAAUGUUCACAUCAUCUGAACAUGACGUAGAGAAGCUGCGAACAGUGGUGCAAGCCGCUUUGCGUGUUGCGGAGGAAAAAGGUGACCGUGCAGUAUCCCAAGGACUUCGCCAAUUGUGGGAUCAGGGCUCCAAAGAUCCUUUUGUACUUUCUAUCUUGGAUAGUGUGAUGCGAAAGAACCCAGACGCAGAACAAAAGGCCGCCUUCAAAACCUUUAUGCGCUCCGCUUAUAAACAAAUACAGUCCACCCUACCUCCACUUGAAAUUACAGCGCCAGAACCGAUCAGUCGUUCACUAUCUACCAACAGCAUUACUUCUGUGUCUUCUGUAAACAUGGCUGAUGCUACGACCGCUAAACCUGCCAUGGCUUCAACUACGAUAGAAAAUGGAGCUGGAGCUGUUACUAGAGGACGCAAAAGGGCUCGCUAUUCGGAAGUACUUCCCACUCCAGCUUCGAAUGUGGAUGAUGUAUCCGGUCAGAAGAGAUCGAUAGGAGAAGUUUACGACGGAGUGGAGGAGGCAGAAGAUGCAGCAACGGUUGCAAAACGCACUCGCCGCGACACUUUCCCCGUUGUGGCAAAACCAAGUCAAAUUAGGUCUUCAUUAAGCAGGGAGAGUCCAAUGAGCGCUACUGCUCCUAGGACCAGGAAUAAAACAUCAAAAUCAGCAAAUGGAUCAUUGUCUCAUGCUGCGGACGAAGGUCCAGACAACAAUGACUUCUGUCGGCAAUGCCAACGCAGUGGUUCACUACUUUGCUGUGACGGAUGUGUCAACUCAUAUCACUUUUCGUGCCUGGAUCCUCCUCUAGAUCCUGCUCAUCCUCCGGAAGGAGAGUGGUUCUGCCCAUCGUGUGAAAUGCGGAACUCUUUUGGCUCCCUCGUCAAGAAUCUUAGGGGCGGGGAACAUGAUUUCCAGCUUCCAGUCGACAUACGAGAGUAUUACCAAGGCGUGGCAACCGGAAAGGGGGGCGUUUACCAGCAGGUCGUGGCCAACCUUCGAGCUGGAACUCAUGGUAGAGGUAAACGGGAAGGUAGGUCAGAGCAAGAGUAUCUUACCCGACAAUUCGAUGCAAAGGGUAAAUUGAUUGUCUGUAUUGCUUGCGGCUUGACCUCGAACGGCGUACGCCCAUUAAUUCAGUGUGACUAUUGUCCAUGCUGGUGGCACAUUGACUGUACCGACCCGCCGUUGCCGGCCCCGCCCAAACAGCAACAAUCCAGCGAAAAGACCUACCAUAACUGGAUGUGUCCUAAUCAUAUUGAACACGAGCUCUUCCUUGUUCAUACUAACAACGGCGCAUACGCUGGCACGUCCCGCAUCCGCCGCCCCCGAAACCCCCGUGUUAUUGAUGUCGACGUCUUACCCGAUGAUUCCGAAGUUGAGGAUUUACAGGAGACGGAAACACAAGGAAUCGUCUACAGAGUUUCUGAAACUGGUUUGAAGCUCAAUUUCCUCGAACGCGUCAAACGGGAAAACCUUGAAGCCGAGAUUCGUGCUUCAGCCGCAGCUCAAUACAGGGAUUAUGCCUGUCAGAAACUGGAUCAACUAGUUGAGAAGGCAACAGCCUUUUAUGAGAAAACGGCCGCACCGGAACCUUCACCUAUUGCCGAAGCACAAGCCUCGAUUUUGACUUCACGCUCAGCGGCAGACCGAGAGGCAAUUGCCAACCUGGUAGCUUUUGCCACGGAAAAUCGGGAUGCCCAAGCUAUGCCGUCCGAAAGAGUUGGCUACCUCGUGGAUGCAUUACUUGCAUCUUCGGAAGAUGGGGCGCCGAAAGCGUCCAAUGAACUUGAUUCUCUCCAGGCAUUGAAAGACUUGAUUGAGCGCCGCAUGGGAGCACUACAGAGCUCUAAAUGA